CCGCCAAAGCCCCCAAAUGUACCUUUAAAAGCUUUUAUUAGGGCUUUGUUUUUUAAUUCGGGUAGUAAGACGCCUCUGCAUCGGGGUCAGGGGCAGGUCACAUCCUUACUAGAUGCCUGCAGUGAAAACUCAGGGCGUUAGCUUGCUUCGCGACAAUUUGUCUAAAGUUUAAACACGACAGUUUGGCUAAAGUUUAAACACCUAGCCAGGUGUGUUGUUUAAAAUAUGUCUUGUGUGACAGACAGGUAAACUGAUGAUCCGUCUUUUUCCUUUCUCUCUUUGCUCUGUUUGUUUAUUUUUGGCUGAUUUCCUCGUUGAAGUCGGAAGUUAGUUUCACGCCAGUGUGACGCAGCUAUUUUAACCGAGGAAAAGGUGUAAGCUGUACUAUGGAUCUGCCUGAAGGGAUAGAUGAGGGAAUCCUCCCCUCCAAACGUACUCCAUUUGGGGAACAUGGCAGCUCGACCAAAGCUCAGAGCCCAGAGCAGCAGCAGCAGGAGAGACCAGCCUCCCCUGUACCCAGCUGUGUGUCCAUGAAGAGCAACCGGUCAAUGGAGUCACCUCUUGCUUUUCAAAAACAACGUCCUUCUGAAACAGAAAUCCAGGAGGAGAGACCGGACUCUCCUGGGCCCAGUUGUGUGUUCAUGAAGAGCGAUCAGUCAAUCGAACCGCCUCUCGCCUUUAAAGGACAGCGUUCUUUUGAAACAGAACUACAAGAGGAGAUGUCAGAGGUUCACACUGAUCAGUCUGCCCUGGAAGAUCAAACGGACAGGGACUCCGUAUUUAUGCUGCUUGAGGAGAACAUUAUCGGUUUUGUGAAGAACGAGCUGAGGAGGGUGCAGAGGGUUCUGAGUUCAGAGUGUUCGGAUGACGAGGUGAUGGACAGCGAGGAGGAAGAAGAUAUGAGGAGCAGUAGAGAGGCAUUUCUGAAAAUUGUGCUGUACUUCCUGAGGAGAAUAAAGCAGGAGGAGCUGGCUGACGCUCUGCAGAGCAAAUCUCCGGUGGCGUGCCAACGAAAACUCAAAUCUAGUUUGAAGCAGAAGUUCCAGUGUUUGUUUGAGGGGAUCGCUAAAACAGGAAACCCAACCCUUCUGAAUGAGAUCUACACAGAGCUCUACAUCACAGAGGGGGGGACUGGAGUGGUCAAUGAUGAACAUGAGAUCAGACAGAUUGAAACAGCCGCUAGGAAACCAGCCAGACCAGAAACGACAAUCAAAUGUGAAGACAUCUUUAAACCCUCACCUGGAAGAGAUCAGCCAAUCAGAACGGUGAUGACAAAGGGAGUCGCUGGCAUUGGGAAAACAGUCUUAACACAGAAGUACACUCUGGACUGGGCUGAAGGCAAAGCCAACCAGGACAUUCACUUCACAUUUCCUUUCACUUUCAAAGAGCUGAAUUUGCUGAAGGGGAGGAAGUACAGCUUGGUGAAACUUGUUCAUAACUUCUUUGGUGAGACCAAAGAAGCAGGAGUCUGCAGGUUUGACAAGUUCCAGGUUGUGUUCAUCUUUGAUGGUCUGGAUGAGUGUCGACUUCCUCUGGACUUCUCCAACAAUGAGAUCCUGACUGAUGUUACAGAGUCCACCUCAGUGGAUGUGCUGCUGACAAACCUCAUCAAGGGGACACUGCUUCCCUCUGCUCGCCUCUGGAUAACCACACGACCUGCAGCAGCCAAUCAGAUCCCUCCUGAGUGUGUUGACAUGGUGACAGAGGUCAGAGGGUUCACUGAUGAACAGAAAGAGGAGUACUUCAGGAAGAGAUUCAGAGAAGAAGAGCAGGCAAACAGAAUUAUAUCCCAUAUCAAGACAUCACGAAGCCUCCACAUCAUGUGCCACAUCCCAGUCUUCUGCUGGAUCACUGCUACAGUUCUGGAGGACGUGUUGAAAACCAGAGAGGGAGGAGAGCUGCCCAAGACCCUGACUGAGAUGUACAUCCACUUCCUGGUGGUUCAAGCCAAACUGUGGACCAUCAAGUAUAAUGUAGGAGCUGACACAGAGCCACACUGGAACCCAGGGAGCAGGGAGAUGGUUUUGUCUCUGGGAAAACUGGCUUUUGAGCAGCUGCAGAAAGGAAACCUGAUCUUCUAUGAAUCAGACCUGACAGAGUGUGGCAUCGAUAUCACAGCAGCGUCCGUGUACUCAGGAGUGUUCACACAGAUUUUUAAAGAGGAGAAAGGGCUGUAUGACGAGAAGGUGUUCUGCUUUGUUCAUCUGAGCAUUCAGGAGUUUCUGGCUGCUCUUUAUGUCUUCCUGACUUUUACCAACUCUGGCAUCAAUCUGCUGUCACAGCCAAAAACUUGGUUGUCUAAUCUAUUAAGGGACAAAUCUAAACUAUCAUACCUCUUCCAAAGUGCUGUGGACAAGACUUUACAUAGUCCAAAUGGGCACCUGGAUUUGUUCCUCCGCUUCCUCCUGGGCCUUUCACUGCAGACCAAUCAGACUCUCCUACGAGGCCUGAUGACACACACAGGAAAUAGCUCAAACACCAAUCAGGAAACAGUCCAGUACAUCAAGAGCGUGAUCAGGAAGAAUCUGUCUCCGGAGAGAAGCAUCAAUCUGUUCCACUGUCUGAAUGAACUGAAUGAUUGUUCUCUAGAGGAGGAGAUCCAACAGUACCUGAGUUCAGGAAGUCUGUCCAGAGAGAAACUCUCUCCUGCUCAGUGGUCAGCUCUGGCCUUCAUCUUGCUGUCAUCGGAGAAAGACUUGGAUGUGUUUGACCUGAAGAAAUACUCUGCUUCUGAGGAGGGUCUUCUGAGACUACUGCCAGUGGUCAAGGCUUCCAAUAAGUCUCUGCUAAGUGACUGUAACCUGUCAGACAAAAGCUGUGAAGGUCUGGCAUCAGUUCUCAGCUCCCAGUCUUCUACUCUGAGAGAGCUCGAUCUGAGUAACAACAAUCUGCAGGAUUCAGGAGUGAAGCUGCUUUCUGCUGGACUGGAGAAUCCACACUGUAGACUGGAAAUGCUAAGGUUGAACCACAACAAUCUCACAGAGAAAUGUUGCCAGGAGUUAUCAUCAGUUCUCGGCACAAAGUCGUCUAGUCUGAGAGACCUGGACUUAAGUAAUAAUGACCUGCAGGACUCAGGAGUGAAGCUGCUCUCUGCUGGACUGGAAAAUCCACACUGUACACUGGACACACUUAGGCUGAUUGGCUGUAAUUUAUCAGACAAAAGCCAUGGUACUCUGGCUUCAGUUCUCAGCCACCAAUUCUCUACUCUGAGAGAGCUGGAUCUGAGUAACAAUGAUCUGCAGGAUUCAGGAGUGAUGCUGUUCUCUGCUGGACAGGAGAGUCAGCAUUGUCGACUGGAAAUUCUCAGGUUGAAUCAAACUAGGCUCACAGAGAAAUGCUGUCAAGAGUUCUCGUCAGUUCUCAGCUCCAAGUCUUCUAGUUUGAGAGUGCUGGACCUGAGUAACAACGACCUGCAGGAUUCAGGAGUGAAACUGCUCUCUGCUGGACUAGCAAGUCCACACUGUUCACUCCAAAUUCUCAGGUUGAAUCAAACCAACCUCACAGAGAAAUGCUGCCAGGAGUUCACAUCAGUUCUCAGCUCCCAGCCCUGCAGUCUGAGAGAGUUGGACCUCAGUAACAAUGAUCUGCAUGAUUCAGGAGUGGAGCUGCUGCCUGCUGGACUGGGAAGUCCACACUGUAUGCUGGAAACUCUCAGGCUGAGUGGCUGUAAGUUAUCAGAAAGAAGCUGUGAAGCUCUGGCAUCAGUUCUCAGCACCCAGUCUUGUAGUCUGAGAGAGCUGGAACUGAGUAACAACGACCUGCGGGACUCAGGAAUGAAACUGCUGUCUGCUGCACUGAGGAGUCCACACUGUACACUGGAAACUCUCAGGUUGAGUCAAACUAGGCUCACAGAGAAAUGCUGUCAGGAGUUCUCAUCAGUUUUAAGCUUCAAGUCGUCUAGUCUGAGAGAAGUGGACUUGAGUAACAACGACCUGCAGGAUUCAGGGGUGAAGCUGCUCUCUGCUGGACUGAGGAGUCCACACUGUAGACUGGAAACUUUCAGGUUGUCAGGCUGUUUGAUAUCAGAGGAAGGCUGUACUUCUCUGGCCUCAGCUUUGAGGUCCAACCCCUCCCAUCUGAGAGAGCUGGACCUGAGCUACAAUCAUCCAGGAGACUCAGGAGUGAAGCUGUUCUCUGCUGGACUGGAGGAUCCACACUGGAGACUGGAUACUCUCAGCGUGGAUCAUGGAUGCGUUCAGUGGUUAAAAUCUGGUCUGGGGAAAUAUGUCUGUGAACUCACAUUGGACCCAAACACAGCACACAAAAAUGUCCUCCUGUCUGAGAACAACCGAAAAGUGACGCUGACGAUGGACAAGCAGCCGUAUCCUGAUCACCCAGACCGAUUUGACUGGUGCUACCAGCUGCUGUGUACAACUGGUCUAACUGGUCGCUGUUACUGGGAGGUGGACUUUGAAGGAGGGGUUGAUAUUGGAGUGACUUACAAAGGACUCAGAAGGAGAGGAGCCCGUGAUGGCAGUAGGCUUGGAUGGAAUGAGAAGUCAUGGAAUCUGGAGUUCACUGAUAAGUGUUACUAUGCUUGGCACAGUAAUAUAAGAACCGCUCUUCUCACUCCUCCGUCCUCUGCCUCUAACAGAGUCGGAGUGUAUCUGGACUGGCCUGCAGGCACUCUGUCCUUCUACAGAGUUUUAUCUGACUCUCUGAUCCACCUGUACACUUUCUACUGUGCAUUCACUGAAGCUCUCUACCCUGGUUUUGGGUUCUUGUCGCUAGAGUCGUCAGUGUCCCUGUGUUAAAGACAGGACAAACUGUUGCCAGAUCAAAACCUUUAACUCAAAUAGCCUUGUAUUAACUUGAUGACAAUGUUUUUUGAUAUUAUCCAAAUGCGACGUUGGCGUUAACCUGGGUACUUGUUUGUAAUGAUUGCUGUUUUUUUUAUUCAUUGUUGUAUUGUUUUUUAUUUAUUAUUAUUGACAGCUGUCUGUAAGCCAAAUUGCCCCUCAGGGACAUUAAAGCUUUACUGUACUUUCUAUUGAUACCAUGCAACUACGAAUAUUAGACAUGAAGAGCUAUGAAAAUCAAAAGUCAAACUAUAUUAAAGUAUUUAUUUAUUUA